AUAAAGAAGAAGAAUCAUGUAAACAAAAAUAUAGAAGGUCAUUGAACUUUUACCACAAGUUAUUUGACAAAAUCUACAACUUUAACAAAAAUUAUUUAUAACGGUAAUUAUUAAUGCAAUAUAAUUAUCCAAAAACUUUUUAAUGUAUAAAUUAGAAAUAUUAAUAAGAUAUAACCGUUAAAAUUGUGAUAUUUGUGAGAAGUGAAGUAUAUCCAAUAUAAAAAAAAUGUUCUAAUGUCGAAAAGUUGUUUGUAACUGAAGAAAAGGUAUCAAUUACAGUUUGAUAUGAAUUACAUUAUUUUUAUAUUUUCUGUGGCCACUACAAUGUUGAUAAUCCUUGCUACUCUUUUAAAUUUUUUCGAGGCGAAACUACCAGUCGCGUUAGGUCAGUUUUUCAGAUACGGCAAAUUUGCCAGCAAAGAAAAAUGUGCAUUGUUCUCUAAAUUUAACGUCGAGAUUCCUAAGUCAUGGUUUAAGCAUUUUUACAUAGUGGCUUUAAUUUGUUACACUAUCAUGUUUAUUGGAAUUAACGCUGUCUAUAUAUUUAAAUUUGAAGUUCCACAUUGCGUUAUUCAUUGGAUGAAUGCAAUUUCUGGGACUAGUUUAUCUUUUGUAACCACAACACAAACUUACAUUGCUGUUUGUUUAAUGACUUUACAAGUAUCUAGAAGGUUUUACGAAACGCAUUAUGUAUCGAUUUUUGGUAAGAAUAGUUACAUCAAUGUAAAUCAGUACAUUUUGGGAAUUGUCUACUAUCCUGGAACGUGUCUGGCAAUACUAUGUGAAGCACCAAAGUUUGUAAAAUCUCCUUCAUAUUUUUCACAAGAAAUCAAUUUUACCAAUGUUACUUAUACGGAAAUAUUAGCAAUAUGUAUAUUUUUAUGGGCUUGGUGGCAUCAAUACAAAGCUUCAGAAAUCUUGGCAAAUUUAAGAAAAAAUAAAAAAGGAGAAAUUGUAACAUCUGAACACAAAUUACCUUUCGGUGAUUGGUUUGAAUAUAUAUCAAGUCCACUUCAAGCUGCUGAAAUAAUAAUGUACACGGCACUUACUGUGAUACUGAAAUACCAUUUUACUUGGUUUUUUGUGUAUGCUUGGGUAGUAGUAAAUCAGGUUGAGACGAUGCUAUUGAAUCAUUGGUGGUAUCAAGACACAUUUCCAGAUUAUCCCAAAAACAGGAAAGCCUUAAUUCCACUUAUUUAUUAAGCUAACAAUCUAUUUUAAGGGUAAUGGAGAUGGGGUUUCCCCUUUAACCUUUUCCAAAUGGGACAAUAUAAACCGAUAUUUAUUUGGGUCAACUUAAAAAUGUGUUCAAUAAUUUCCUUCAUGUAUAUUGUUUUUUUUUAAUUCUAAAAAUGUUUAAAAAAAAUAUUCAUUUUAAAGUGAACCAGAUGCAAAUGGAUUCUCCCAUGUCUAUAUUUUUUAGUUGAAUAAUAAAAGUAAAAAACAAAUAAUUUAAACUAAAUGAAAAAUCAGAAACUUUUGAAUUUUAUUCCAGGUGCUAGUAGUUAUUGAAAAUAUUUUUUUUUUAUUUUUAUACAUAUUUGAUUGAAUAAAAUAUAAUAACUC